AUGGAGCGCUUACUCGACCGCAUGCGCGCGCAGAGUUACGACCUCGGCACAAAACUACGCCUGUCAAGAUUGAGGAGACACGAACAUACUGGCCAAGCCCAACCUAGAACCAGACCGCAGUCGGAGUCAAAGGCGCAUUCUAUUCUGUCUGAACAUACCGGCCAGGCUGAGACGACGCAUUCGAACCCUCACACAAUACACGAAGCUCUUCAAUACGAACCAUUAUCUCGAGAUCGAACCAUUCGAGUCAUCGACUUGGCUCCCGGCACCUGGGACGAGCCUGUGACUUGCUCUUUGAGGACCAUCCACGUAGACGACGACGACACUCGCUACGAAGCCAUCUCCUAUGCUUGGGGUGACCUCAACGAUCGCAAAACUGUAGUUUGCAACGGACAUGUCGUCAGCACCACCCGCAGUCUGUUCGAGGCUUUGCAGCGCUUCCGAUGCGCCGAUACUACGAGAACGCUUUGGGCCGACGAGCUCUGCAUAAAUCAGGCCGAUAACGAGGAGAGGACCAUGCAGGUGCAGCGUACGGUCUUCAUCUACGCAAGUGCCGUUCGCGUGCUCGUGUGGCUGCAACAUGAAGACGAUCAGCUUAGAGCCGGAGGCCUCCACGACUGCAUCGAUAACAUCCAAUACGGCGCAUUACGUUCGGUAGAGGAGCUCAAAACAACAUCGCGCAAGUGA